AUGACUUCAUCAGCGUCGUCCAAAAACGUGGAAGAAGAUGUUUUGGAAGAAGAAAGUGAUGGAGCUCUCGAAGAAGUGAACAGCCACAUCAAAUCAGUUUUUGAAAUUCUCAAAAGCGAGACAAUCAAAGUUCGCAAGGAAAUGAAGGCUUUCGAUACAAUGGCAAAAAAGCUUAAGCACGUUCAUUUUUCUAAAACGUUGAAGCUUAAUGUUGGCGGCCAGUUAUUCUCUACCAGUUUGGAAACUAUGAGGAAAGAUCCAGGUAAAUCAGCUCCAUGCAUGUCUUGCAUGCGUGCACCAUUUUUGAAGUCAAUAACUUUUUUGAAUAACCCCUUCGAAAUGUGGUUAAUUUUUAGGAAUAUACAUUUUCGAAGAGGCUGCUGGAAUGUGUCUUUUUUAUGUGUGUUUCCUCUGCGAAAAGCGCAGGCGGUGUGUUUUCUCAGUUCGCCUAAUAAAGAACCGAAACUAGACAGGAUAUGUUAGUUACCGCAAAAUUUUGAUUUUCUUUGUUAGGUUCGAUGUUGCACGCCAUGUUUUCAGGCCGAUUUGAUUCAAAGCCUGCUGAAGAUGGUUCGUACUUCAUUGAUCGCGAUGGAACUCACUUCCGGUAUAUUCUGAACUACCUUCGAACAGGGCAGCUUGUUGUUCCAGAAGACAAGAUAGUUCGCAGGGAGUUGUUAACUGAAGCUGAGUUCUAUCAAGUCCAAGGAAUUAUCGAUGAGCUUAAGGCCUAUCCCUUUCAAGAUUCGAGCAUUUUGUCCACGGAACAGCGUCAAACCCUGACUAAAUGGUUGGAAAAAAAGCUGACAAGUGCCAGUUGCACUUAUACGCUGAUAUAUCGCGGUUCACGUGAUGGUUGGGGAGCCUCUAACUUUCAUUCUCGCUGUGAUCGCAAAGGACCAACGGUGACUGUUGUCAGAAGUUCGAAUGGUUACAUAUUCGGAGGCUACACAGAACAACAUUGGGAAGGUAAGUUUCCUUAAACUUUCGUGAGGUAAUAUGGGAAAUCAUUGCUUUGGAUGAAUUGGCUUCAAGGUUUCUAAAAAUCAUAUAAUGUCUACCUCAACCCUGCUAAGACCAGAUUUUUGUUUUGUUUUGUUUUUUUCUUUUUUGCUUCCCUUGACCGAGGUUGGGUUAUGAUAUGGUUUAAAAUAAGUAAUUUGACGUCAUUUUGACGUUAUCGGUAUAAUAUUGAAUUUACUGACGGUACCCAAUUCAUCAUUUUCCCCGAACUCCCCACUCCCACUCCCUCCCUUCAUAAGCAUUUGUAAAGCGAGUAACGGGUCCGAUACAAUCUUAAGGUUGGCCAUCAGAUUGAUAAUCUUGAACAGUAACGUCAUGACUACAUUACUGUUAAUGCUAGUUUCAAUGCUUUUAUUAAUUCGCUCAGUCAACCAAAAUGUGACUCUGUGUUGAAGAAGCAUCUCUAAAGCCGGGGGAGUACUCCUGGGAAUUCUUGGUGGGCGUGUGCCACCCAGUUCUCCAAGUCCUGACCCUAUUUCAGACCAAACAAUGUCAUUUUCAACACCCGUUUUCAGACCAGACCGCUAAACUCCACACCCGUUUUCAGACCUGGCCUUCUAGGCAGAAAUUAUGUCAUCAUUACUUAGAUUAGAGCGCAAACAGAAAAAUUCUUCAAAUGCCUCUCGAAUUCGCAUAUUUCUAUUUCGUUCUUAUUCAUUUGGAAUCGAAAGGAUAACAAGGUUCGUAAACUCCAGUAGUUCCCUUGAAAACCAUACCCGACUCUAGACCAAAAUGGGCAAAGUCUAUAUACCUGCGAUUUCGGACCAAGAAGGCCCAAAAACCCUACCCUUUGGGCGGCACGUACCGAUAUGGCUUAUAUAAGGGAGUACCCCCGCGCUCUAAGGCCACCUAUUGUGACUACACUCUCUCUUCUUUAAAUAGCAACCUCGUCUGGUAUUCACAAGAAAGAUCCAAACUCCUUCCUGUUCAGCCUUGUCAAUCCAAAUGGCUUAAAGCCCACCAAGAUGGCUCUGAUACCAGGGAAAGAGGAAUAUGCCAUUUACUGUAGUAGUGGCAACCUUCCGAUUUUUGGCAGCAGCAACAGUGGGUACUUUGACCUUUCACUUGGUAGUUCACCCAAUUCGUCGAAUAGUUGUUCGUCAUACCUUAACAACUCGUACCGCUGCCCAGAAGGUCAAGGUUAUAAUACUUUUCUUGCUGGUAAUUAUGUUUUUUAAGUAAGCGAAAUCGAAGUUUUCGCCUUUGAAAAGUAGAUUAGGGAGACAACUGAUCUGAAAAGCAAUUUGACAUGAUAAGUUUAGUUUUUAAUUGUGGCUUUCUUCCGAUAAAAUGUUAAAAACGGUAAAGCAUUUAAACGAGAAUAAAGCUUGCUUAAAAACGGAAGGUUCAGUGUCAUUUUAACGCGUUUUACAGGACAACUAGCUUACUGAAUCAAACGGCUGACCACGUACACAAGUUCUUAAAACAUGGCUAUAAAUACUCAUCAUUUAUAGAUUCUUUUUUCAGCCUUUGGUCUGUUAAUGGGACAAUGAAAGUAUCUGAAAGAGAAAAGGCUCAGUUCCAAAAACACUUUUAGGGGCUAGCUACGACUGAUGGAGUGAUAUUUUAAAUUGAAAACGUUUAACUGGAUACCCUUAGUAAAACGAUCUAAAAUGAUUAUUUCUUUGAUAUUGAUUUCCUCUUUCAGCUUGUCAACACGAAAAAAGCGUCCAAUUUAUGGUUUCUGUGGAAGUGUUAUAUACCGAUGUAUAUAAUACCUGACGUAGCCAAGAAAUUUAGUUCGUUUUGUUUGUUGUUGUUUGUUUGUUUUAUUUUAAGGGGAUUGGGGAGACUAACAGCUUGUUUUUAACUUUUUAAUUACAAAUAUUCAAAGCUUGGGUUGCCUGAAAAAUUAAACCCCACCCCUUUUAUUCCGCGUCCACAUUUAGCAGUGAUACUUAAGAUUCAGACUUGUUUCCAGCGCUUUACCCUUAGAAAAUGGGAAGGGAAAGGGUAGGUUGACCGCUGAAAAUCGCUCUGCCUGCCUGUCGCCUUCACAUUACUAAAAAAGGCCGAAGACGAAGACGGAGACAAAGUUUAGAUGUUGUUUAACAAUACCACAUAUAAGUCAGUGAGUCGAGUAUUAUCGUAUUGGCUCAAUACUGUCUGACUGUGACUGUGACUCUGUCUGACUGUGCGCAUAGUCAUGUAGGCAUACUUACUUGUGACCAGGGAAAAAAAGACUUCGUCACUUCGUGAUCACUUCGUCGCGGUGGUCCAGUGAUACUUCGUAAAUUCGACAAGCACAAAUAAAGGAACAAGCACUAUCAUGAUCGUCCAAGAAAGGAUUGCAAACUGAUUUAAGGAAAUGUUAUAUUUUCUAUUCAAGUUUGUUAAAUGUAACUUUCAUUCACAAUAUUUGAUUCAAAGCUCUAAGUCGAUACAUUGCAGUAAAUAUGGCCUGAUUUACGCACGUUUUCACUUGUUUAUUGAGACUGGUAAUAGUUACGUCCUUUAACGUUUCUCGGAAUGUGUAACAUAACAUCCACUCGUCAUUUAUUAAGUCCUUGAUUCAGUGAAUUUAUUAUAUGGCUACAAUAGGACGCGCGCUCUAAUUGGCGGCUAUUACUAGCUAGGUGUCCAAGGCAAUCAAUCAAAAAGGCUAUCCGCUGACCAGUGUCAUAUGACUGUAUCACGGCCUGGGGGCUAAAUAGGCCAUAUAAUAAAUAACUUAUUGACCUCGCCCGUUCCGUCAUUGGACCUUAGCCUUGAUCUGUUGACCUCGCUAUCGCUUGUACAUUACGACUCCUUGUACUGAGAAAGUUUCACGUUGUAGCCCUAUCACAUCAACGGCCGGGCAAAGAAAUGUACAGAAAACUGUGCUGCGCGAGCAAAGUUAUUAUUUGGCUAAUAAGAAAUAUUGUUUUUGUCAGGGGGUGUUUUUUUUUUUGCUAAUUUGUUUGUUUGAUUUUUUUAAUUGCCGUCGCUCGUUAGUAUAGUAACGCUCAGAGCUUCGCUUUUAGCCCUGGCUAAAUCUAUAUAUUACAAUUGUGAAAUUUGGACUAAAACAAUGAUAUACUGCCAAGUAUAUUAUUUUGAACAUAAACUGUUUGCUAAAGCCUCCUGGACCGUAUCUGAAACCUCAGUGAAACACUGGCUUAAUUUUCAGAAAAAAAUUUACUCUUUAAGGAACGGACGUUAAUAUUAAUUCCGUUAAUUCGCCUAAAUUACUUUCCGGGAAUCAAAACUGCUGCUCAAUGCAAAGAAAAAUGAAAAUCGCACAUUGUUGAUUAACCAAUAGCCGCACAAAAGGUGAAAGACUCCAACCAAUAAAAACAAAAAGAGCGGUAUAUGUAGUAUAAUGUUUCUUGUACGAGGGUACUUUCGCUUUCCAGUGUGUUGUUCCGGUUUCCGCAGUCGAUUAUUAAAAGCCAGCUUAAGAGUCGUUUUCUGUUUAGCAAGAGGAACAGAAUGUCGUCUUCAUCUCAAGACCCUGAUGAAGAAACAGCUUCGAGCAGUGAAGCGCUUGGUGAAGUAAACAGACACAUCAAGAAAGUGUUUGAGAUUCUUGAGAGUGAAAAAGUAAAGCUUAGCAAGGAAAUGGAAGCUUUUGAUGCGGUGGCCAAGAAGCUGAAAAGCGUUCAUUUCUCCAAAAUGCUGAAACUGAAUGUCGGCGGUAAAGUAUUUGAUACCAGUUUGGAAACUAUGAAGAGUGAUCCAGGUAUGUAUUUGUUCAUUGCGUCGAUCAUUAAAAGAUUAACCAUGAAAAUCAGGUGCCAAUUAACUGCAAGGCGUCUGAUUUCAAUUGUAUUCAGUGUAAAAUAUAGAUUUUCGCUUUGAUUCCCUAACCGAAGUGUUUGUUCGUUUAUACUCGAUAACAGGUUCAAUGUUGUACGCCAUGUUUUCCGGACGAUUUGACUCCAAACCCGCUGAAGACGGUUCCUACUUCAUUGAUCGCGAUGGAACUCACUUCCGUCUUAUCCUGAACUACCUUCGCUCGGGGCAGCUUGUUCUUCCCGAAGAUAAGAUUCUUCGAAGAGAGUUGUUAACUGAAGCUGAGUUUUAUCAGAUUAAAGGGAUUAUUGAUGAAAUGAAGGUCUCCCCCUUUGAAAAUUCCUCCAUCCUGUCUGUAGAGCAUCGCCAAAUCUUGGCCAGCUGGUUGAAAGGCACCCUGACAAGCGCUUGUCACACCUACUCCCUGAUAUAUCGAGCCUCUCGUGAUGGCUGGGCUGCAUCCAACUUUCACUCUUGCUGCGACCGCAAAGGACCAACUGUUACCGUUAUUAAGUGUGGGAACUACAUAUUUGGAGGCUACACAGAGCAAUAUUGGGAAGGCAAGUUAUUUUUGGAAAAUAUUUUUCUUUUUUAUGAAGUUAUUUAGCAUUGUCUAAGUACCCAUUCGAUAUCUAUACCCAAGUGAUUUCUCGGAAUAAUCAGUAUCAGUUCUAAGUGGAUUUAUUGUUAUGAGACGCUCUAAAACACAGACAUUCGGGUUAAACCUUAAGAAUUCUCCUUGGUUUACGGGACAGUUAGGAAAGCGUUGUGCGUGCCUUGAUGGGCGCAAUAUACAAUAACGUUAGUUUUCGUUUCUAACGGAGAGACACGAAAGCGAUUCAUUCGACCAAAAAUAUUGACAUUUUUAAAAUUUGCCUGUUGAAAUUCGAUACGCAUGCUGCACCACGAAACACGAAAAUUGGAAAAUUCCGUGGUUAACUUAAGGCCGUAUGGAAGGCGAAGAAAAUUCCCGGUCCUCCUUGAAAUUUGAAACCAAAUAGUUGGUAUGUUGCUGUUGAAGGGACCUUUGGAUCGCUUUGGAUCAAGUUCUUAAAGAGAGUGGGGGUAAUGAUCUCGUAGUUAUUCAGGUGCCAACAAUCCAUCUUCAUUCUAACUGCUACACCUGUCCACUCGAAGUUAUUUCUAAAAGUGUAACUAUAUCAUAAGUACUCUAACUGUGAACAGUAAUUUUCUCGAAAAUUUCAUGUCUAAUACUGUUGCAUACAAUGUUUUCGUCAGCUCUUUCAAGUGGAACGUAUAAAAAAGCUCCAGCCUCCUUCCUGUUCAGUCUCGUCAAUCCGAAUGGCCUUGAACCUUCAAUGAUGUCUUUGAUACAAGGAAAAGAGGGUUCGGCCAUCCAUUGCUACAGUAGCUAUGGCCCUACAUUUGGGGAUGGUCCAGACCUCAGAAUUGUCAACGCCCCAAAUUCAAACAGCUGCAGUGCAAGUCUCAAUAACACAUACCAGCUACCGACAGGACAGAAUGCUGGCACCUUCUUGACAGGAAAUUCGAGUUUUACCUUAAGUGAAAUGGAGGUCUUUAGGUUUGAAAACAUCUACGCUUAGUGUAGCUAAUGAUAUUUCGUUUCCUCUGGUAGUAGUACAGUAACAAUUUCUUCCAAAAAUUAGCACUUAUUAUUGCCCUUCAGUAGAAACUCGAGUCAAAUGAAUAGUCUUUGGUAACAAAAUAAUUAGUAAUAUAUAGAAAAGAAUAAGAACCAUAAAAAAAGAGGAAAAAUGAGGAACUUACUCUAUGGUGAAUCAAAGAGUUACAUUCAGGGGCACCCAAUGGAUCUGUUCCUCAAAAUAUCUGUUCUUCAUGCAAAUUUUUGCUGGCUGGGAGAUGUGGAAGAAAUAAUAGUCCUUGGAAGGAAAGUGUUGCUGGGAAAAAGAUAAUUCAGGGUGUCAGAGGGGAUUUGAAGUCUAGAAUAGCUGCUACGGGUUACUUGUAUGGGUUGCUUACCACUCAAGAUCUGAGUUGUGCCGUAUGAAACUUCCCAGUAUGUCAGGUUGCAGGUUGUAAGGUUGUUGGCUGGGAACUCUUCCAUCAGUCUUGCUGGGAGUGAGGAACAGAUAAUUUUUUUCCAGCAAUCUCCCAAAAUGCUUAAAAUAGUUUCAGAAAACUUUAUUCACGCUUUGUUGUUGUUUUUAGGUCUUUUUCUCAAAAUUUCCCGUUGGGUGCCCCUGUACAUUAUAUAGCUUAGUAAACUAGCAGGAAUGUUUUUUCAAGUCAACCUUCCUUGCAAUCUUGAAUCACUCGCUCACUUUCUAAUUAUUGGGCUUUAUUUUUUUUGCUAAGAAAAUCGGGCAAAACAAGCAGGAGGGUGUUAACAUACUAAACGUAAUAAUUGCAUUUAUUAUAUGGAGGAGAGUGUUUUACUGGCAACUAAACCACUCGUAGAUUCCAUACGCCACUUCAUCCGGGACCCGAGUGGCGUAUUUUCCGUAUGUCACCUUUGUGAGUGUCGUAUCGUUCAAUGACGUCACGAUUCCCGCCUUUUGCUUUUGUUGAAUUGGUUUCUCCAUAUAAUAAAAAGAACAUUACACGUUAGCUCGAAGAUAUGAAUUUUAUGUUCGAGUGGCAAGAACAAUAUCUCACUCGUUCGCUUCGCUCACUCGUGAGAUAUUGUUCUUGCCACUCGAACAUAAAAUUCAUAUCUUCUCGCCACCGUGUAAUAUCCUCUAUUUAUAUUUCCUUGAUGAACUAGUUAUAAUUAUGGCGGUUUUACAGCACCCCUUGCAGAAGCGCAGAUUUGAUCGUGUCGUUCUUCUCUUCUGGGCGCACUCGUUGGGUAGGGAAAGUUGAUCUACAACCUACCAAAGCACAAGGCCAGGUUGAAAGAUUCUUUAUCCUUGCGUAAGUUAAGUGUCAAAGUUGACUAUGAUCCUUAAAACCGAUGACGUCACAAGUGAGAUGUGGAUCGAACGGGCGGUUAUGGGCAUUUCAAGAUGGGUGAACAACCUUAGUUUCAUUGCCUAAACCCUAAGAAGGGUGCCUGCAGCCCAUUAACUUCUUCUAUAUGGUGCCGCCUUAUGGAUUCUCUACCACAGUAAGAUCUUAUACAAUUUAACUUCUGGAAUUUUUCAAAAACAAGCUGAAAGAUUACUUUCCUUCUUUCGGCUCCCACGGGGCAUAUAUCGCAGACACCAGCUGAUUAUUAGUUCAUCUUCUUUGCAUUUAUUUUAGUUGAUAAUUGUAGCUUAAAGAAAUUCAUCUUUUAUAAUUAUAUAGUAAACUGAUGAUUUUCCGUGAUGAAUAAAUGAUUAAAUUAAUACAGUUUGGACUAUGCCCUUUUCCGUUCGAACAUGGUCCUCGGAAGGAAGGGGCAAGGGGGACCUUACCCCAACCCCACCCCAUUUUUGGCAAAGUAAAGAAAUAACAAUUUCUUUAAGUUCUUCACUAAAAAAGUUUUUUUUUUACUUUAGACUAAGGAUCUAGUUUUCACUCCCGUCCAAAACAGAGAAUAAUAGAGUCAGAGUAAGGAUUGUACGUGAAGGUGCAAAAUUUAUUGUAAAUGACGCUGUAGAAGUGUCUUUUUCGUGCUAUCUGUAAACUGUCCGUACACUUCAUGCCGCCACUUCAUGCUUUUUGCGUGAGUGUGAGUUACCAAAUACAUAAAGAGGAGGCAAUUAAAGUAUUUAUUACUUGCACCCUGUGGAACCGCCUCAUAAGGACUGGGAAAUGCAGGUAAAAUCGCCGCUUUAAGUCGGACAAGAGCACAAAAAGGUCCAUGUAACAGGCAUUAACGAAACAAUUUUUCUUUGGAAUGAGUGAGAACGGGGGCUCUUUUUCCUCGAUAUGAACUCGCGUACGAACUAUAAGUUGCCUCUGUUCGGAGGGUCAUUGGCUGGAUAACAGAUCUUGCUAUGAAACAAAAUGUAAGGAGUCUGUACUGAUCCCAGCACCGAUGGAAUUUAUCGACUUUUGAAAACGCUGCAAUAAAUUACUUAGUUAAGCUACGGAAAGUACGAGCCGAAGAAAGAGCAAUUAUUUUUUCUUUGAUUUCUUUGUUUUUUCUUCUUGUAACAGUUUUCGUUCAAGAAGGACGUAUACGUAAUGAUCAAGUUUUAUCUGUAUCAUGCAGCCCUUAAUUUUAUCCCGCAGAUUUGUGAAUCAAAAGGAUUUUCAUGAUGUUGUAGACAUCGGAAGAUCAAGUUUAUUAGCCCCACGUCAUCCUUCGUAGUUUAGCUUAUGAACAAGAAAAGCCGGAAGAGAGAGACAGAAAUUUCAGGCUGUUCUUGAAAAGUGGAAAGCACCACUGCAUUCAGUAUCAAUUCGUUUUUUGCUAGAAACAUCGUAGUAUUCUUAUAAUAGCUAUACCUAUUUGCAUGACGAGCCAAAAGAACGUAACGUCUGCGUUGAAGGCUACGUUUGACCGGGAUUAGAAAAGCCCUCGUAUACCCCCCUCCCCCCCCCCCCCCCCCCCCUCCCGUCGCUUCUUGAAUCCAGCCCCCCACGCACGCACACACACACACACACCCAUACUUGCAAAACUGCUGGGCAGGCCCUAUAACUGGCUAGUAUCAAUAACCAGGUGCAAUAUGUUUUGUUUAACCAAGACCUCAUAGACUUGAUUACGUAUAUUGGUAUAGUUAAAUAUUCAAUUAAUUUUGCUUAUUAAAUCGAGGAUUACGAAGCGGCAUUUUAACAGCUUUGCGCGUACCUGCGAGUAAACAUUUGCCCGGAGCUGAGACAAGUCGGCUGCGUUUUAAACGCAUAAUCCACGGCGGCACUCACAAGUCCGAUAUCAAGUUUAUUAGUACGUAAUAUGUUAUCAUAUUAUUUGUGCGAAUUACAUAAAUGAUCAUUAUUUUUGCAAAUGGACCCGAACCAAAGUCUAGUAAUCUCCUUCAACCAUGUUAUUUUGCGACCAACGACAACAUUGUGGAGCUAGCGUUUUACCUUCUCAAACAUAAUUUUACCCUGUUUACCAGUCGUUAAUAAUGCGAUUAGCUGAAAGCCUGGGCCGAGACUUGGCGUGAGAAAAAGCAGUCGGUAUUAAAUCGAGUUUUAAGUGGAUUUAUAUGAUUGAUAUCCUACAGUCUCAAAUCAGUACUCAAACUCACGAAUUAACUUCAGGCUGUCUUAUAAGUCUCCUAGUUUGUGAAGAACCUUUUACACCCACACGAUUUGUUUGGAACACCAACAUGGCGGCCACCGUUUCAAUGUUUCUGGCGGGUGUGACGUCGGGUAAGAACCCCCUAUAUGCUUUACACUCACGUUUAGUUAAAUGUUUAGUUAAAUUUAAAGACACCUGAUGAUAAUUAUGAAAAAUUGAUUUGCAUGACCCAAAGGUGGUCUUCGGGUUUCAUUGUGGCCGCUGCCUCUUUUAAGUCCCCCCCACUCCACCCUCCUCCCCCGUUCCUCACCCAUUUAUAGGCCCGUCUAGCCGUGAACGCAAAAAAAUUAAUGCACUCGAUUUGAAGCUUAAUAAAAACCCAGUAAAUGCAAAAUGUAUUUUGAUCACCACUGCUGUAGCUUGUUUCAAAGGGAACACUCGUUAUCGCUGCUGUCCUUGAAGGCUGUCUAGCAGCAUUUGAGCGAUUUUCUUUGACGUAAUAAAAUUACAAAUGCAAUGAUUUUCCCUUUCUAACCAGUAGUAGUGAUUUGUAAUUGAUAUGAUAGCAAUAAUAAUAAUAAUAAUCAUAAUAAUAAUGGUGAUGAUGAUGGUAAUAAUAAUAACACAAUACAUGGCAUACAUUAUAUCUAUUAUCGAGGGCAGGGAAUGUGGGUCGACUAGCCUUUAUCGGGGUAGUUACUAGAAGCGUUAACUUUAUAAUUAUGAUACGGUUGUCGGUGUUGGAUUAACCAAGUGUGAGAUUGACAUGCCUGGAUAUUGGCCAAGUUCCUUUUUGGAGUUUUGUGAGACGAAGUCGAGGUCAGUAAAAAUGAAAAAAAAGAACAAAGUAAAUAUCCAGCCACAGUUACCGAACAAUCCUCGUUAAUAAAGGAUUUAUUAAAUGGCCAAAAAGAGAACUUUUUCUUUGCGGGACCAACACGGGUAUAUCCCAAGCGGGAAAGAUGGGCUCAUCUUGACAACUCGUGUAGCCAAUCAGAACGCAGGAUUUGCUUUAUCUUGUCCGCUUGCGGAUUCAGCCAUAUAAUAACCUCCUUUAAUCCUUUCUUGGCAAUAAGGACUAAUUAACCGCAAUGAGGCAAGGUACAGGAGAGAAUUUCAAGUUUUACUUGUGUCUGGUCAUGGAACAUUUAAUGUCAAAGCAGCCACGCAAACUGUGAACUUGCAUAAUGAUCGAUUUCGUCUGCGUAUUGUGUAGGACAUUUUUAAACAGUAGCUCACAGGCGCUAAUACAAAUAUGUAUCUCAGCUUAUCUCCAUUUAAACCGGAACUGAGUCAUCUCACACACCGUGUGCGACGCAAUUAAAAGGGAGGGGGAUCUCCUUCGCAUAAAUUCCUCUCUCGAAAACUAAUUAUAGCCUCUCAUUAGAAAAGUAUUUAUCAGCACUCCAAAUACUGAUUGAUAAUCUAAGAUCUGGGAUCGCUUGAAAAUAGCUAUGUCGAAUUAUUAAGUACCAAGUAUGUUACUUUCCUUGUUCGAUUAUCAGAAUUGGUCUUAUUUGUGUUCUUCUUGUUAUGACAUGCCGAGACACUUGGACCUCAAAACUGGUGACAAAUGGCCGACGGGUUGAGGCCGAGUAUAACUUUUAACCGUCAUCUCCUGGAGAAAAAGGUAUUUCAUGCAUAAGCCGAGUUUUCCCAAAUGCAUUGCGGUUGACUUUUUAAGCGCCGACAAGUUGCUUUUUAAACUUCUAAAUACCACUGGCGCCAGUGCUUCGAGAUAGGUGCAAAAAAGCCGAUAACAAAUGCUAUACAACACUAAAUAAUAUGAAAAAACUUUACGUUUCUCUGUACCGACCAGUUUAGUUGUCCGAGCGUUUGAUGACUAAAAGACUCUCAGGUACGUAUUGUUUCUACUAAGGUGCUUAUUUUUCAAGGGUAAUAUCUAUUUUUAUUAAGGAGCAGUGAGAAAAGAAAAAGCCGUGAUUUCCUUAGCUAGCUAAUGGAGUCAUAUGCGACCACACCUAAAUAUCAACCGGUGCCUCUUGGAGAAUUCCUCCUUCUGAAUUCUCCUUUUGUUUUAACCUUCACUAACUAUUAUUUACAAAACCGGAAAAAACACGAACAUUUAGUUCGUCUCAUUAUUACAUUUAAAUGACCUUUUAUGCACAUAGGCAUAAUUUCCAUAUUUAUUUACCACGUAUUUUCAAGUACGAAGUUGAGCCGGCGCCAGAUGAGGGCCGUAGGGACAUCAAACCCGUGUUGGUAUGUCAGCAGUACAAAGUUUUCCCCUUCCUUUCCCGCCGUGAGAGACAUAUGAAUGAAAAUUCUCAGAACAUGAAGAAUUCGACAGAAUUCUUAUAACUAUUACGUCUGAUCCCUUACGUAUAGUCCGAGGUCUGUUAUGCGCUUAAAAGACUCUUUGGUGCAUAAUUUGGACUUAAUACCAGUCUCAUAAAGAGUUUCCCGGCAAUAAUGUUGGAGUAAAGAUGUUCUGAACAUGCCGCCAGUUUUUCACCAACAGUCAUUUCAUCUGAUUUAGCUAAAUGAAACCAUUUUUUUAAUGAAAAAAUGUAAAGAGACUAUGAACUCUCCUGUCCUUUUGAAAUCAUUUAGAGAUGUAAACGGACUUGUGUUGUCAAUUUCGAGAAUAAUAAGUAACAAUCGUCAAUAAUUACUCUUGAACGCCUUUUUCCCUUAAAUGUUUGUUUUGUUGAAAUCGUUGGCUUUCGGUUCUUUUUCAUGCAAAAAUUGGACACAAUGUUGUAAAUUAGAAAAACAAACCUACGAUAGAAAGUAAUACCUCAAGGACCUGGUAACAAAAGGACGCAAAGUGAUUUUCAAUCAGCCAUGGCGGAUCUUUUUAAAGGCGAUAUAGCAGAUGUUAUCAAUUGGCAAUAUAUGCGUUUAUCAGUAGUUAUUUCAUAUGGGGCUGAAAUCAAGCAAGCGUCUUAAAGUUAACUCAAAUAGAAUGCCGUUUUAGACUCGCCUACUUGGUUUACAGUCUUUUGUUGACUUAGAUUCAAGGCUUUCAGCCGAAGACGUAGCUGGGUUUUUUUAUACCAAGCGACUUAUGGUGGUUGACUUUCCAGCGAAAUUGGUCAAUAACAAUAUUUAUCCUAUUAGUCAGAAUAACCGGAAAAAUUAUUUCAACUCUAAUUAGCGUCGGCUAGGUAACCUUAAACCUAGUUGACUUUGGUGAAUAAUAAAAAAGAAAUACUCCGUAUUUUUACAUGCCAAACGCACGGUAGAAGCUUUUAAACAAAUGGGGAAAAGCGGAAAGAUUUAAGGUAAGCAUUUGAGCUCAGUGAGGUUUUGAAGAUAUUAACAACUUUUCGUACUGACCUCCUACCGCUCAUCAGUAUUCUGAACUUUUCUCAUUAUUAGAAGUAUCACCAUUUCUAUUAUUAUUGUUGUUAAAUAUCAUCAUCAUAACUAACAAUCAUUUGUUAAGAUCCGACUUUACCACAUUGUACGUGAAAAUCUCAUCAAGUUUACAACAAUCACUGCCAGCCAUGAAAUAUAUCCUUAUACCUUAAUUAAUGAGUACGGUGCCCUUCGACAUUACUAAUAUUUAAAAUAGUUGCAGUUCAGAGAUUCAAAUUUGUUAAAUAUUCAUGUUUUUGACACUUAAAGACAAGUUACGUAAAGAAGAAUUGAUUUUAAUUAUCCGAAAAGCACUUGGUUGAUGUCAUUCUCAGCUUAUAUACCUAUAACUUACAUUAGCAAGGCUGUUGAACGCAUUUAGUCCAUGGAAGCCAUAAACAGGUCAAUUUCGGGUCUUCAGAAGAGGUGAGUUAUUUUAAAAUGUUGCUACCCGCCUCAGAGGGAAUUUCAUGAGUGAGAAAAACUGUCAAGUGAUCGUAAAUUCGUAUUUUUUUUUUCUUUAUUACCAAAUGAAAUCACUAAUUUCAACGGCAGCGAUUGAAAAACAAAACAGCAGUUGGCAGAAAAAAGACAAAAAAAACUUAGUCGGCCAGAAUAUAGCUAAACGAGAUGUAAUUUUCAUCGUCAACAAACUGGUUCGUCGGAACUGAGCGUAUUGUUUUUCGUAUCCAUAACAUUCACGUUGCUGGUCUUAAACUAACCACCAAAAAAAGACCGUGUUUGGCGCUUUAUUAAUCCAGUCAUAAAUUAAGACGACCGCAAUUUGGCAAACAGUGCCGUUAGACUGGACUUGCUUAGCUUUGAGUCCCUUCGUAACACAGAGCCACAAAGCACUCGACUCGGUGACAUCGUCUUUUUCUUACGCCCGUUUCCUAGUUUCUAAUUGACCCGUUGCAGACCGACGUGGUCGCCCAGACAAAACACUAACAUUUAACAAUGCAGGCUUCCCGAUCUCUUAGUGUUACUUAUUGAAGGCAGCUGAAACCAUUCGAUUCGAAAGUUUGAUUAUUAAUGAGAUUCUUCUUGAAAGAGCUUAAGUUUGCUUUAGAAACGGACUCAAUUCGUUUUUAAAAUCGAACUCAAACAAGACUGUAUUGAACGCCCGCCCCGAGGAACUGACAAAACAAUAGCCGCAUCUAAAAGUUUUUGCCCGCUUUGAGGAACAUUUGCAUAAUGUUUGGACUUCUUGUUUGAUCGUGCUGAAGGGAAGGAAAUUCUGUAGCGAGUUUAAAGAGCAGGAAAAUUAUCAGUGUCAAUGGAUUGAUUGAGAACUGCCGGUCUUUGGAAAGUUCAUCUAAAUUUACGUGUACCCUUAAAUUUGAAGUGUGUCAUCAACAGGAAUUAAUUUAAGGCAGCAAAGGGGAUAAAUGCGCGAAAAAUUAAAAAUUGGUAUGAAAAGUGACAGGAAAGAUAUGAUGGAUUUCGAUGAUUUUUUUUUUAGGAAAAAGGAAAAUAAACUUACCGGCAGGAACGAUUAAAGGCCCGCUGGAGACCUGCUAAAAAUGCUUUGUCCUAAUGAGUUGCACAAAUGUCUUGACGCUGCAGUCUUACAAAAAGCCCAUCGACUUUAGCCGCGAAGCAUUUCCAUUCUUUAGUGAUUUUCCAUGCAUGCAUUAUUGACGAUUUGAAAUCCCUUUUCAAGCUGAGCAAUUAGUUUCUACAUCAAUAGGAGAAGACAUGCCGGAAAGUGGAGAUGGUAAUUAUAAUAACAGAUUUGCUCGGCUAUCCUCUGUACUGUCGUAUUUUUUUGCAGUAAAUACCCAGCGCGCUAGACGAAAUUUGAAAUAUGCAGGCAUUUUCAAGAAGAUCUUAAGCUUGUAUGUUUACGGCAGAUGAUGAACGGUAGGAGAGUUAUUACUUUAAAAAAUCAUGUUUAUCUAAUGCUCUUCUGUUGUUUCCUUUUCGACCACACGAAUAUCUUUUAAAGUUUAAUUCUAAAAAUCAGUUUCAAGAGAUAUCUACUGACUUGUAUGGCCAGCGUGGAUAACUACGUCUCAACUGCACACUGCUGAUACCACUUAUAUAUUAUUGUCCUAAUUGUCGACGUAAAUUUACUCUUGAGGAAAUAUGCUGCUUCAAAAUCCUGAAAAUUUUUGAAUAUUGACCAAUUAUGAUAUCAAGGAUGAGAUUACGCUUGUUGCGGCCUGCUGUAAGAACCAACGUACUAGUUGAAGGAAAUAACACUCUCGUCACAUCAGUUUCACAUCCUUAAGUUAAUUGCUAGACUUACGAAAGUAGUUCUCCAGUGAAGCAUUGAAAAAACAAAAUUAUCUUGACGCAGUGGGGGAGGAAGGGUAGGAAACUAGAGUACUAGAAGGCAGUCACGUGGAAUAUGAAAGGAACCUUUUUAUCUUAAUUAUAUUUUUUGUUUUCCUUUGUGUUCUUGUGACAUGGAGGAGAUACAGUAGCCAUGAUUACUAGUUUUCUCUUGUCAUCACAGCUAGCGAUAAAUAACAAGAGUCAAAUUUUCCCCUUAAUUAUGAAAGAAAAAUUCGCUAUGAAAGAGUAUUUCAGCUCCCUUUGAAUAAUGCUGUACCAUGCUUUCCACUUUUCCUGCAUUGAGAUCGAUGCCCAUGUAUAAUAAAUGCUUUGAAAAUUUACUUGUUUCAUAUUUAAAUUAACAUCAUGUGAAGGGAGGAGGGGGCACUUUUAUAGCAACAAGACGUAAUCGAUGUUUGUCCGGCCAAAGAUGGGAUAUGUCCGAGCAAAAAUAGGUUUGAUCGGACAAUUUGACCGGCUCCAGCCGGGAAAUUAUUUGCAGCCCUGCUGUCGAGUUUUAUCUAUUCAUUUACUUACGUAUUUGCUGAUACAUUUGCUUACAGCAGUAGUACUCAAUAGUAUAUGAGUGUUAACUUUAAGACGAUCGCAAAUUGUAGCCGCAGGUGGACCUUUUCCACCUCGUAUAUUCAGUAGACAAACCAAACUAAUGUGUGAAUGAGAAUUGGUGAAUUCAGUUUGCAAGCGAUACGCAGUAGAUGCCGAGAUCACCGUUCAAGCACUAUCAAGCCAACUCUUGCAAUAAUCAUUGGAAUGUUCCUCUUUGAUAUCGGUAUAGUCAUCAUUAGUCAUUAUUGUAGUGAUCGCAAUAAGUUUGAAAUUUAUCAAAACUAUAUCUCACUUUUAUUUUUCUUGUGUAUUUAGAGUGCACUGGAUGACGAAGACAAAGAGGAGCAGAGUAACCUCUUCGACCCCGAAGGUCUACUGUUCUUUCCGAUGCUGUAUACUUGUGUGGGAAUAACGGCCGUCUUUAUUGUUGGUGGAGUGUUGUGGGACCUUCUUCACAAGUGCAGUCUUAUCAAGAAUAAAGGUUUGAAUUCAGCCCGACAGAUUUUGUUAGCCAUCCAAACUUCCAUUACCCUACGAGCAUAGCCUUCUGUCGUCCUGAGGGGGAGGAGAAAGGGACGCUCUCAUAAUUAGCAUUAGUAUUUACCAAAUCAGUGAAUAGCAAUUUUAGCGCGUUUUGAUUGGUUCCCGUAACUCGGAAUAUCCUUGGCUAUUCACUGUUUUGCGACCAGAGCCAAUAUGGCGUCUCGUUUUAAGACAUUUUGGUAAGACGGAAUUUGAGCGAUAAAUGAAGCAGUCGUACAAAGAAAUACCAGUGACGAACGUUGGCUUGUCAGUGUUUACUGGUAGGUAGUAAAUUAUUUUCAUGCUGAAUUUGCGACAAAAGUGGUAAAAAUCACUUGACAAAAUCGCCGAAAUGUUUGUAAAUUGUAAACAAAAAAGUCCCUACCAAGUGGCGUUUUUAAUUUACAGAAGUUAUUUUCUUCAUUUUUAUCCAACUGAUUUGGUAAUACUAAAACAACUAUCCCCCUCAGAGUAUUCACCUCCCCCUCGUGGGAUAGUUGUAUAACAUAGCAGUUUAUGAGGGCGGACGUGUUUCUCUGAUAUUCGACUGGAUUUCGACCAAGUGAAUGUGUUUUCCCUUUUUUGCCGUUCAAUCGUUUUGUACCGUUUUUUUUACUUCUUCGUUCAUGUACGUGUUUUUCUUUCCUUUUCUUUCUUUGUUUGUCUUUUACAUUGUUUUAUACUUGUGUCUCCAUGAAACAACCUCUUUUUAAAAUAUUCAUAAUUUAUCUAUAAUGCCUCCUAGCUAAAUUAGCUUUUUAGCUAUUUUCAAGGUGUCUUGUCCCUUACAUAAUUGGUAUUGCCUUUUUUAUGUCUUUUUUUCUGUGUGUGGUUAAAUAAAAUUCUUGUCUUGUCUGGCUGAAUCGCGUAAAGCUUUUGAAGUCGCCGUCUGCUGGUAGCCGCAGCCCCAUGGAACUUCUGGAUUUGUCAAUCUUGUUUUCUCUCUUUAAACGGGUUUGAUAAACCGUCAAACGGGUUUGAUAAGUAAUGGUAACAGGACUGAGUGGAGUCCAAUUCGGUCUGUAAUCAUACGAGUGAUUAACAAAAUCGGACGACCGCGUAGCGGGAGUCCGAUUUGUUUAAUCACGAGUAUGAUUACAGACCGAAUUGGACGACACGAAGUUCUGUUACCAAUUAAUCAUAACUUUAACAAAAUCUGUGAUAUAAUAGGCUAUUUUUUAAAUCAAAACACAAGAAAUUCGAAACUUUGUUUUUCUAGCAGUGAAAAAAAAAGCCAUUUAAGGUCUUUAAGCGCGCGCGUGAUGGCGCGUACUGUCCAAUUACUUAGGCAUGACGCGUACUGUCCUAUUAAAUUGUCCAAUUAAGGCUGAAAUCAGGGCAGUUGAGAGCCAAUCAGAUUUGACAAUUUUGUUAUAGUUAUGAUUAACCGUCAAACUGGUUUGAUAAAACCGAGAUGGUCAUAACUGAGGCCGCUGCUUCACGCACACGGCUAUUACAAUUAAGCCUGAAUUCGAAACUAUAUCCAAGCAACGUGCAAUAGGGCAUGCUCACAGAAAAGGUCUGAUUCGAUUCAUGCAGAGUCUUUCUCAAGCGGAAGAAAGGCUCAGUUGGUAACCUGAACUUUCAUGGGCAAUGAAUGAAUGGCGUUCGGUAUUGAAUUAAAACUUUGUCCCAAAAGCGAAAAUUCAACUGAUGAACAUGAAAAAAUGAAAACUACGAGUGCCCAAUUCCUUGUCAUUAUGCCGUGUUUUUUUUCUUUCGGUUACUGAAUCGUGGCUAAUCUGGGAUCAGCCGUUUCGUCUUACCUUUAAUUUUCACGUUCUAAUUAUCGCUAUUCAGAAGUAUCAGCUGAAGUAUAGGAGUAUAUUUACAAAUUAAAUAUUCCAGAGUUUUAUUUAAUUGAAAACAAAACACGAUGAAGUAAGUCUAGUAAUUUUGCCAUGAAGCACGGAGUUAAGAAAAUGAUUAUUAAUAAUGUUUUUCUUGUUUAAACAUGUAAUACAUUAGAAGUUUGUACUUGUUUUCAGAUACUGGCAGAAUGCACAAUAUGACAGUUUCUUUCAAGAAAGGAAACCUGCUCAGUCGACGUGUCAAGUGUUAUAUAAGUAAAGAGAAGUUACAAGAACUUGAGGACAAAAUUCAAGAUGUCAAUCGAACAUUAGACGUCUUAAAGAAUGAAAUCGUAGUGGACAGAAGAUUCACACACAAGAACCAAAAUUGCAACGUGUGCCUCUAAAUUUUGCAAGAUGACGUUUUUUUUUCUUUGCUACAUAAGACCAUACCUUCAGGGGUGUGCUUUCUUGUGCAAAUUAGAAGUAAGCCUCGCUGGGAUGACCAAAUUUAAAUAUAACUGAAAGGAAAAACUAAAUGGGUUCUGGUCGUAGUAUCGUGCAAAUGGCCUAUUUUGAUGGAUAUUUGCCUCAAGAUCAUGGAAGUGCAAGGUGUGCAGGUCGGGGAAGCAUGCUCUUUUGUGGACAGGACUGUCUCAAUCUUCAUCGAGUUUAGCACACCUUUCUCUAAGACUAGAGAUAAUCCAAGGAAACGUAUACAUUUCCCUGAGUGUAAAACAGUUCAGUGUCAUAGAUAACGUAUUUUCUCAAUUAAACCCCGUCGGCAUUUGUUUUAAACUUGCCCUGCCAAACCCGAAAUUUGUUGGAAUCAGCAGUUUAUGUCGGCUCGUUAGUGUUGCAAGAAAUGGUUUUUCUUCUCCCGUUUUCUUAGCAGUCGUGUAUUUUGCCUUUCAACUUUAAGUUUAUUAUGCGUAAAUGUCCGAGGGACUUAUUUUCAGCUUCCUGGUUUAGACACAACGUUUCCUCGGGGCACAGCGUUUAGUCGCGAAAAUUAGGUUACGCUGUCUUGUCUGUAGGCGCCACGUUUAGUGAAUGGUCGCGCUUUCGUAUCUAAAUUCGACGAGUUGAAAUUUGUCCUUGUUUGUGCCCCUAAGCUACCCCAGCCAUAGUUCUGAUUAACCUUUCAAGCCCUGAGAAAUCAGCAUCAAAUUUCCCUUGUAAUGAACGGGUUUAAAUCAGUUCAUUAAUAAAAGCCGGCAUUUCAGAGCAUUCCGUGUGCAAAGAGAUUGAAGGAAACUGAAUGUUAGCAUUGUUUGGGAAACCUGAUAAAUCAUUAAACCAUGCAAGGCUUUUGAAUAACGAAGCAAUUUUACGAUGAAAAAAACGAUAAAACUGUUCAGUAAUUGGCGCCAAUUUUAAAUGAAAAUUGUUUGAAAAGAGCAACUUUUCAUGUAUUUCCAGAAUAAUAAUAAUAAUAAUAAUUUAAUAACUCAUAUAGCUCUAUUUACAUAUGCUGAUCAAUAGUACUUUACAAAAUAAAAAAUGUAUUUAAAAACACCAUUAAAUAGAUAAUAAAUGCAGCUCUAAAAAAACGUCUUGAGGCUUGUUUUAAGCACAAAGUGUUCCAUAGAGCCGGUGCGGCAAAAGUAAAAGGCUUGUUACCAGUGUUGGGCGCAUUAACUCUCGUGGAGCUUCUAAUCAUAGGUUAUUGUUCAAGUGUAAUGUGUAUGAGCUCUUGUGCUUAACCUAGUGAAUCAAAUAUCACCAUAGGAUAGGAUGGCGCCAUUUGAAAGUAAGAAUUAGAAUCUAAAACUCGAGCUUGGGCUGCAAGGCGGGCCCAUCAGUUACAAAUUCUGUUCCGUUCGGUCGCCUGCGCCGAUAUCCGGUACUGUUAAUUGUUUAUGCACCCAGUCAGUAACUCAGAAGGCGUUGCGUGUUUCAAAACAAAGCAUUUUUUCCCAUUUCAGCGCAGUAUAUGCUGAUCGCGAUUGCCUUUUCAUUUCUAUAUUUCCUUCUGUUUAAUGCAGCACACGCCUUUACAGAAGUCGAAAUUUCGGAUAAAGGUAAAGAAGACUCGGACGAUAAUUUACCCUUCGAGAAUUUCACACACAAGUUCAACAGCCUGCGAAGCUGGCGAUUUCAGUUUGGCGAGAGGGCAAACUGAGCAGUGAAGAGAAAAAGCAAAGCGUUUAUUAAGGAGUAAGGAAAGUCACUCACUAGUGUAGACUUUGGUGACUUUGCUUUCUAAAGCUUAAGCUUACAGUUGUUCUCAAAUGGUCCAGAGUUUUCGCUUUUGUUAAAUUCUGUAUCUUGCUAAGAGCUAAGCUUUUAAUAGCAUUAAAUUUGUGCAUGACCUUGUUAUGCUAAUCUCGCAAGUUCUGGGUAUUCUUCCCUUCAGUAAACAUGACUGAUUAGACGGUUUCGUUAAAACUUUGAAAGUUAACAGCUCGCUUUAAGUUUAUCACCUGUAUACAUAGUUUUUGAUCAGUGAAGGUAUAAACUAAAGCCAUCGAAGGUAGGAACUUAAAAAAAAUCCUAUAUAGAUCGAUUUAACUCGAAAACUCGUAUAACAUAAGCUUGACUUAAACAUGUACAAGACACUGUACUUCACUGAAGGUGUUUUCAAUAAGUACACUGUAAAUGUGACGGAGAAGCACAGUAUUAUAUGAACCUUCCCUCUCCACGCGAUUUUUGCACAUUUUCCCCAAACAGAGAGCCUGUUCACAGGCUAAUGAAUGAAACAUAGGGUUUCAAUUAAUGCAUACAGUAAAACCAUGCGUAUAAGAACCUGGAUUUUUUAAUUUAGCCUUAACAGGUUCUUUUAUAAAUUUAGACUACCAAGGUUCUUAAAAUAGGUUCUUAUAUUAUCAUAUGAAUUUCAUUUAAGUAUUAUAAAUAUCAUCUCAUAAUACAAUACUGUACAGUGCAGGUAUGUCCUUAACAAAACAUAACAAACAAACUCAUAGUCAGUUCUCUGAAUGCCAUUUCAAAGUUGAUACACUUUUACAGCAACUCCACUGAUAAGAACCUAACUUACAAUUUUAGCCUUAAUAGGUUGUUAUGUGGAGGAGGCUUAAAAUGAAAAUUUUAGCUUAACAGGUUCUUAAAACCCAGGUUCUUAUACACAGGGUUUUACUAUAGUUAAUUAAAGUGGAAUGGUUAUUUGGGAAACCCUUGGUCAAAUGUUUUUGUUAGCUUUUUUGGACCUGACCGUGCACAACGUUCAAUAGCAUUCCUAUCAUGUUGAAGUUAUUGACCAAUAGAAACAUUGCAUUAAUUUAUUCAGUCAUAAUUUGUGAACAAAAACAAAGGAUUGUGCACGGUCAGGGCCGCUUCCAACAUAAACUGCAGCACCUUUGUUUUCAAUUUUUAUGUUUGUCGGCUUUCCUAACCAGUCUCCUCCACUAACUAUGGUUACUGUAAAGGUUAAUCAUUGUGCAUCGAGAUAAAUCGCUUGAACACAGAACAAUUUAAGUUAGUGUAAUCAGCACCAUAACCCAGAUUUAAUUAAACAAGGUCACGAGCUAUUGAAUUUCAAGGUGCGCCAAACUUUAUCGGGAUAUAAAUAGUAGUUAUGUCAAAAAUAGCUUUCCUAGAAUCUCACGGUGGAUGAUCGAGCGUCUUUAAAAUAGGGUACUAGAUUUUUCGAGAAUAAAUCACGUCUUUCCAAGAAUACUUGAGAAAUACAAAAACUUUGAAGAAAGCAGAAACUGGACAGAUACUCUUUGCUACCAUAUGUGACAGUUAAGCUUAACCUGAGGCCUGCGAAAACCGCGCAGCGAGAAGUGAGGGCUAUUUUCACUAGCUUUCUUGGGGCUAUGCUGUUUUGCGUGCAGCAAAAGCCUUGAAAUUCAAAAGUGUUCUAUAGCAACCGAAAAACCCUAUCGAACUGUGAAAUAUAAGGCUCCCUCAAGAGGAAUUGACAAUUUUUUUAUGCAGAAUUUUGUUUUUAUACGUUAAAUGCAAAUUAAACCGUAAACAAUCAAUUGGUAUACAAUAGAGCAUGGGGUUGAAACAAAGGCGGCCUUUCCCUGUUUCCUAGAAUAAUCUUGACUUUCCAAGAAUAGAACUAUUCGGCUAACUCAAUGUUGUGCUGCGGAACCCCGUUAAUGCGACCACCGUUGGGCCAUAAAAUCCUGGUCGUAACAACUAGGUGGUCGCAUUAACGGGGUCUUCAAAAUAAUAAAAUGACUCAAUGGUUUCUACGUUUGGUUUGAAAGAAUAUGGCCGUAAUGACGAGGUGGUCUUGUAAACGGGGUGGUCGUAAGGCGGGGUUCCACUGUACCCAAUUCAAACCCUUUGGGAAUAAAACGUUUUGUUUCAGGAAUUUCCAUAUCAUUUAAAUGUGAAUGCCACAUUAUAAUGCAAAUACAAUACACAAAGAAUCUUAUCCCCGGAAGAUUUGAAUUGGGUACAACAUUGAGUUAGCCGAAUAGGUCUAUCGAGUGGCAGGGAAAACACAAUCACGCUUGAGCGAUUUAACCAAUUGCUAUCAAUAUACGGACAACUUCAGCCAAUCAUCGAACAUGUGACUCCCAUAAGAAGGCCGGAGUCUAUGCGUUUUCUACUGUUCUUUUCAUAGUUCCUUGUCAGUCGCGAAGUAAAUUUUUGUAUUCUUUACAAGAAGGAAUAAGCAUGACUUCAUCAGCGUCGUCCAAAAACGUGGAAGAAGAUGUUUUGGAAGAAGAAAGUGAUGGAGCUCUCGAAGAAGUGAACAGCCACAUCAAAUCAGUUUUUGAAAUUCUCAAAAGCGAGACAAUCAAAGUUCGCAAGGAAAUGAAGGCUUUCGAUACAAUGGCAAAAAAGCUUAAGCACGUUCAUUUUUCUAAAACGUUGAAACUUAAUGUUGGCGGCCAGUUAUUCUCUACCAGUUUGGAAACUAUGAGGAAAGAUCCAGGUAAAUCAGCUCCAUGCAUGUCUUGCAUGCGUGCACCAUUUUCGAAGUCAAUAACUUUUUUGAAUAACCCCUUCGAAAUGUGGUUAAUUUUUAGGAAUAUACAUUUUCGAAGAGGCUGCUGGAAUGUGUCUUUUUUAUGUGUGUUUCCUCUGCGAAAAGCGCAGGCGGUGUGUUUUCUCAGUUCGCCUAAUAAAGAACCGAAACUAGACAGGAUAUAAUAGUUACCGCAAAAUUUUGAUUUUCUUUGUUAGGUUCGAUGUUGCACGCCAUGUUUUCAGGCCGAUUUGAUUCAAAGCCUGCUGAAGAUGGUUCGUACUUCAUUGAUCGCGAUGGAACUCACUUCCGGUAUAUUCUGAACUACCUUCGAACAGGGCAGCUUGUUGUUCCAGAAGACAAGAUAGUUCGCAGGGAGUUGUUAACUGAAGCUGAGUUCUAUCAAGUCCAAGGAAUUAUCGAUGAACUUAAGGCCUAUCCCUUUCAAGAUUCGAGCAUUUUGUCCACGGAACAGCGUCAAACCCUGACUAAAUGGUUGAAAAAAAAGCUGACAAGUGCCAGUUGCACUUAUACGCUGAUAUAUCGCGGUUCACGUGAUGGUUGGGGAGCCUCUAACUUUCAUUCUCGCUGUGAUCGCAAAGGACCAACGGUGACUGUUGUCAGAAGUUCGAAUGGUUACAUAUUCGGAGGCUACACAGAACAACAUUGGGAAGGUAAGUUUCCUUAAACUUUCGUGAAGUAAUAUGGGAAAUCAUUGCUUUGGAUGAAUUGGCUUCAAGGCUUCUAAAAAUCAUAUAAUGUCUACCUCAACCCUGCUCAGACCAGAUUUUUGUUUUGUUUUGUUUUUCUCUUUUUUGCUUCCCUUGACCGAGGUUGGGUUAUGAUAUGGUUUAAAAUAAGUAAUUUGACGUCAUUUUGAAGUUAUCGGUAUAAUAUUGAAUUUACUGACUGUACCCAAUUCAUCAUUUUCCCCGAACUCCCCACUCCCACUCCCUCCCUUCAUAAGCAUUUGUAAAGCGAGUAACGGGUCCGAUACAAUCGGUUGGCCAUCAGAUUGAUAAUCUUGAACAGUAACGUCAUGACUACAUUACUUUUAAUGCUAGUUUCAAUGCUUUUAUUAAUUCGCUCAGUCAACCAAAAUGUGACUCUGUGUUGAAGAAGCAUCUCUAAAGCCGGGGGGAGUACUCCUGGGAAUUCUUGGUGGGCGUGUGCCACCCAGUUCUCCAAGUCCUGACCCUAUUUCAGACCAAACAAUGUCAUUUUCAACACCCGUUUUCAGACCAGACCGCUUAACUCCACACCCGUUUUCAGACCUGGCCUUUUAGGCAGAAAUUAUGUCAUCAUUACUUAGAUUAGAGCGCAAACAAAAAAAUUCUUCAAAUGCCUCUCGAAUUCGCAUAUUUCUAUUUCGUCAGUUAUUCAUUUGGAAUCGAAAGGAUAACAAGGUUCGUAAACUCCAGUAGUUCCCUUGAAAACCAUACCCGAUUCUAGACCAAAAUGGGCAAAGUCUAUACCUGCGAUUUCAGACCAAGAAGGCCCAAGAACCCUACCCUUUGGGCGGCACGUACCGAUAUGGCUUAUAUAAGGGAGUACCCCCCGCGCUCUAAGGCCGCCUAUUGUGACUACACUCUCUCUUCUUUAAAUAGCAACCUCGUCUGGUAUUCACAAGAAAGAUCCAAACUCCUUCCUGUUCAGCCUUGUCAAUCCAAAUGGCUUAAAGCCCACCAAGAUGGCUCUGAUACCAGGGAAAGAGGAAUAUGCCAUUUUCUGUAGUAGUGGCAACCUUCCGAUUUUUGGCAGCAGCAACAGUGGGUACUUUGACCUUUCACUUGGCAGUUCACCCACUUCGUCGGAUAGUUGUUCGUCAUACCUUAACAACUCGUACCGCUGCCCAGAAGGUCAAGGUUAUAAUACUUUUCUUGCUGGUAAUUAUGUUUUUUAUGUAAGCGAAAUCGAAGUUUUCGCCUUUGAAAAGUAG